UCCUCCAAACAGCCCUGCCUCCCAGCGGACCCACUGUGCCAUGCGCAUCGCUCCGACACUCAGUGUUGAGCAUGUGGGGCCCCUUAAAGAGAAGCGCCGAGUAGACGGCACAGAGUUUCUCCAUUGAAGAGUCACCGCAAUGAGGAACAGCGCCGAACCGGCACAAUGCGCUCCAGGCUCCCAGGGACCGCCUGCCUAUUGCGAACAAUUGGACUCUGCAUCCUCCUCUCGAACACUGCAGCUUACUUUGGGCUGACAGGCCGAGAGCCACUGGUGCUUUUACCAGGUCCAUUUUCCAAUGAAGCUCCAUCGGGGAAGGCCCACCUGAAGCAGUGCGAGCAGAUGAGUCUGACCAGGCGGCAGAAGAGGAUGUGCCGCAGAGAGCCCGGUUUAGCCGAGACGCUCCGGGAGUCGGUGCGCCUCGGCCAGUUGGAGUGUCGCUAUCAAUUCAGAAACGAGCGCUGGAACUGCACCUUGGAUGGCCGAGGAAGCCUCCUAAAAAGAGCAUUUAAGGAGACUGCCUUCCUUCUGGCUGUGUCCUCCGCUGCUCUAACCCAUGCACUCGCCAAAGCUUGCAGCUCAGGCCGGAUGGAGAGGUGCACAUGUGACGACUCCCCUGGGAUCCAGCACAGAGAAGCGUGGCAAUGGGGGGUCUGUGGAGACAACCUGAAAUACAGCACCAAGUUCCUCAAAAAGUUCCUCGGCCAAAAGAGGGUCAGCAAAGACCUUAGGGCGCAGGUCGAUGCCCACAACAUCAACGUUGGUAUCCGGGCAGUGAAGAGUGGGCUGAAAACAACCUGCAAAUGUCACGGAGUCUCCGGCUCCUGUGCCGUACGGACUUGCUGGAAGCAGCUGUCCCCUUUCCAUGACACUGGGCGGCUGCUGAAGUAUAGAUACGACAACGCCGUGAGAGUGUUGAGCGUCACCAACGCGGCCACAGGAGAGACUGAGCUUGCGGGGCCCAGACGCCACGGCCAGAGCCCCAGGAACACCGACCUGGUCUACCUGGAGGACUCCCCCAGCUUCUGCAGGCCUUCCCGCUACUCGCCUGGCACGGGGGGCCGGUCGUGCACCAAGGACACGAGCUGUCAGAGUCUGUGCUGUGGACGCGGCUACAACACGGCCAUGAGGCUCACCAGCCUAUCCUGCCACUGCCAGGUGCGCUGGUGCUGCCAUGUGGAGUGCCAGACGUGCGUGAGGGAAGAGGAGGUGUACACCUGCAAGAAUGCAUAAACAAACAUUUGGAGAAAGGAGAUGAUCUGAUGAAGCAGUGGGGAGAAAAAAAAAAGACAAAACUCUGACCUUCAUGGGUACUCCGCUGCAGAAUGUCACGUCAAAGCAUGUGUCUACAAAUAUCACUUAAGACUUGCAUGAUAUUUUGGGAGAAAAACACUAAUGUGCCACUAUGAUACUGUUGGUUCUUUGCUAAUCAUCAGAUUACAAUAGAUGAUGAUGUUUCCAAACUACUCUACUUCUCCUUAGCUGGAUGCACUGAAAUCUCACUUUUUCUACAAAAGAGGGAAUGGAAUCAAGAUCCUCAAAAUGGGAACCAGACUGGAUCUUACCAGCAGUAUGAACUCUGACACUGACUGAUUGAUGUGGUAUUCAGCCUCCCAUAUUUUACUAUUUAUUGUGCCACUUUCUGUGCCUCGCAUACUGCUGGUUUAUGCAUUAAAUCUUGUAAUCAAGUAUUGCCAAAAAAGACUGUAAAGGAGUUAAGAUGACUCCGCCUGCCUGUCUCUGACUGCUGUGGA